UCUCCUCCGGUACAGACUAAGGAUCGCAGUCAUGGCUCCGUGAAGCGACACAUGGCAUCUUGAAGCCAUGAACCAAAUGAAUAAACACAACAAACAACAACAACAACUCACCGGAAAGCGGACACAUUUAAAUAGCAGGCGUGUUUGAUUUCAUUUGUAAUCACAGCAACUCCGGUAAUACCUGCAGCUAGCAGUCAGUCACACUGGGGGAGAGGCGCACUGCAACCUCCCCCGGUUUAUUUUCCUAUGAUAGUCAGCUUUCUUUACUGUCACUUUUAAGUUUCCGUCUUUUCUAAGAGAAGCUCGACAUGGGUGUGCAAGGUUUCCUGGAGUAUAUUGAGAAGCACUGUCCCAACGCUGUGGUGCCGGUGGACCUCCAGAGGUUGGCCCGGGGGAGUUUGGUUGGAGGUGGCCGGCAGAAACCCCCUCAGAGUCCGCUUAGGUUGCUGGUGGACGCCGAGAACUGCCUCCAUCGACUCUACGGGGGCUUCUACACCGACUGGGUCUGCGGGGGCCAGUGGAACCACAUGCUGGGCUACUUGGCCGCCCUCUCCCAGGCCUGCUUCAACGGGAACAUUGAGCUCCUGGUGUGCUUCAAUGGCGCCCUGGAGAAAGGCCGUCUUCACGAGUGGGUCAAGCGGCAGGUGAACGAGAGGCAGACCGCUCAGCAGAUCAUCAGCCACGUCCAGAAUAAAGGCACCCCACCGCCCAAAGUCUGGUUCCUGCCUCCCGUGUGUAUGGCCCACUGCAUCCGACUUGCUCUCCUCAAGUUCCGCGUCGGGGUUGUCCAGAGUGUGGAGGACCACCACCUGGAAGUGAUAGCCUUAUGCAGGAAGAGUGGCUUCCAUGGUCUGGUGGCUUACGACUCGGAUUACGCCCUGAGCAAUAUCCCAUACUACUUCAACGCCCACAUCCUCAAACUGAGCCGCAACGGCAAGAACCUCACCACCAGCCAGUACCUGAUGCACGAAGUGGCACGGCAGCUCGAUCUCAGCCCCAAUCGUUUUGUCAUUUUUGCAUCGCUUUUAGGGAAUCACUUACUGCCUGAUGAAGACUUGGCUGCCUUUCACUGGAGCUUACUUGGUCCAGAGCAUCCCUUAGCAUCUUUGAAGGUGCGUGCCCAUCAGCUCGUGCUUCCUCCCUGUGAUGUCGUAAUCAAGGCCGUGGCCGACUAUGUCCGCAGCAUCCCCGACAUCACUGACCUGGAGACCAUUGGCAAGGACAUCUUCAAGAAUUCACAGUCUUGCACUGAUGACAAAAUCUUCCGCUUCAAGAAGGCAGUGGAGUACUACUCAGUGGCCAACCAGCCCCAACAUUUACCUCUACAGUUGGUUAGACCAAAACACACGGGGGUGCCUGCCGCAGUGCCAUCUCCAAAACUACUCGUCAUUCCACAGGCGCCACAGCCUGACAAACACGGGGUCCAGCACUCGCACACAGACGCUGUGGUGGAGAGCAGCCAGUCUGUGGACUCGGUUGAGAAAGCUCUCCCAGAGCAAAAGAGCUUCAGCAGCAUUUCUCCUGAAGGGAGGCACACGCCCCUCUAUGAGAGAUCCUCUCCCAUUAACCCCAGGCGAGCCGGCAGCCCCAACCACACAGAGGCUCCUUUCCUCAGGUUUCCUCCUUGGGCUGGUUCCAAGAUCAAGAGCCGCUACGCUUUGUUGGAAAUGAUGCGUAGGCCGUGUAACUGCAACAAACCUGUUUCCUGUUCUAGUCACGUGAGCAAGCACACUGAAGAACGGCACAAACAUGGACGUGCUGCUCACGCUUCCACCACACCAGAGAGAGGUGAAGGGGCGAAAACUGACCUGUGUGGGACCUCUGCUGUGAACCUGGGGUCACAGGAUGGAGAUCUCCAAGGCUUGAAUGCACAAAUCCCCUCCCUGCUCUCCAUGCCCACCAGGAACCAUAUGGACAUUACCAUCCCACCUCUCCCUGCCGCGGCCCCCGAGGUCCUGCGGGUUGCCGAGCACAGACACAAGAAGGGCCUGAUGUACCCCUACGUCUACCACGUCCUCACUAAGGGAGAGGUUAAGCUGUCUGUCACCAUUGAAGAUGAAGCCAACAAAGACCUGCCUUCAGCAGUGCAACUGUUUCGACCGAUCCGUCAGUAUGUUUACGGAGUGCUCUUCAGCCUGUCAGAGGCCAGAAAGAAGGCGGAGAGACUCGCCAUGAGGAAGAACUGCCUCCCUGAGUACACACAUGUCAUGGUUAAAGAGUGGGCUGCCUGCAAAGGCAAAUCUCCCCACACUCCAGAGCUGGUGGAGGCUCUGUCCUUUAGGGAGUGGACAUGUCCCAACCUCAAGAAGCUGUGGUUGGGGAAAGCCGUGGAGGACAAGAACCGCAGGAUGAGGGCGUUCCUGGCCUGCAUGCGCUCUGACACCCCGGCCAUGCUGAACCCCAACAACGUCCCCACGCCCCUCUUAGUGCUGUGUUGUGUGCUCCGGUUUAUGUUACAUUGGCCAGGAGUAAGAAUUUUGCGUCGUUACGAACUUGAUGCUUUCCUAGCUCAAGCACUUUCUCCUAAACUUUAUGAACCUGACCAGCUGCAGGAACUUAAGAUUGACAACCUGGACCCUAGGGGAGUCCAGCUGGCUGCUCUGUUCAUGAGCGGCGUUGACAUGGCUCUGUUCGCCAAUGACGCAUGCGGGCAGCCGAUUCCCUGGGAGCACUGCUGCCCGUGGAUGUACUUUGAUGGCAAGCUGCUUCAGAAUAAACUCGUCAGGGCCAGCAGGGAGAAGGCCCAGCUCAUCGACCUCUGUGACGGUCAGGCUGAGCUGGCGACCAGGGUGGAAAAGAUGCGUCAGAGUAUCCUGGAAGGUCUCAACUUUGCUCGGCCACCUCAUCUGCCUCCUUUCCCCCCACCGCCACCUCUGCCUCCUCACGGGAUGCCUUUCUACCCUCCCACUGGUUAUUUCUACAACCCGCCUCCAAUGACGCCUCCUGCAGGGAGAGGCAGGGGGGUGCCCGGAAUGGAAGCAGUCCAAACACAAGGUGGGAAGCUGGAGAUCGCCGGCACUGUGGUGGGUCAGUGGUCUGGUACACGACGCAGCCGAGGAAGAGGAGGCAUCCCUCUGCAGGUGGUGUCUGUCGGUGGACCAAACAGAGGCCGUCCAAGAGGCGUGAUUUCUACACCGCUCAUAAGGACGUUUGGUCGGGGAGGACGGUACCACGCCCGAACCUUCAAGAGCCAGGGAACGUACCUGCAGAGCAAGCCUGCUUACAAGCCUGCUCAAACAUCUGGAAACAACCUAAUGAAGGACCAAAAGAAGCCCAAGCAGGAGGAAAAGAAAUCCUCCCCUGCACAGCACGGUGAGAGCUUAGCCAUGGAGAACGGUGUGGAGGACAAGGAGCCAGAGCAGCUGAACGGAGAGAGAGAGGGAUGUGGGGCUCUCAUCCAACCCGAAAGUGCCUUUAGCAGUGACUCCAAGACGUGCAAUACUAAUCCUCACUUAAAUGCACUAAAUGUAGACAGUGGCUGCCAUAGAGAUGAAGGUCUUGAGGUCACUGUCUCAACAGAAGAUUAAACCUAUUUUUCUAGAGAGGGUGAAGGAUGAAACAUGGAGCAAGGUUAGGAACACGAGGAAAUAUGGAAAGCUUACAUUCAUUGUACUUUUUUCUUUUCAAACAAAGAAACGAGAUGUAAUUCGGAUCCCUCUCUCUAAACACACGAGAUCCUAACACCGGUAACCUGGAGUCACUCACUCCCUCGUCACUUCAAAUCAGAAGGUUACUGCUCGAAGACGCUUUAAUUUGAAAAUAUGAGUUCAUCUAUGUUUGAUCUGCUUCUAGUACUUACCGUGUUGCAGGUAUGGAUUUUGUGUUAUCAUUGUAACCGCUCAGUGAAACAAGCGAGGCAUAAUGUUGUGCUUCCGUCACCACUUUGAGUUGUGUUCAUGUUUAAACAGCUCUGUCCCUCCACGCUGUUUCGCUUAUUUAACUGUAAGUAACGCCUCGAGAAACAGCUCUCGAAUCACACACGCAAAAAAAGAAAGCUUGAAUCGGGGUUUUGAGCUGUACUCGAAGAUGUAGAGCUGUCGUGUUACCACUUUGAUAGAAAUCUUCUGCAUGGUUCGCAGUCUAACCAGUGUGUAGUUAUUAUGCAUGCUGUCCUUUUUCUUCCAUUCUUCCCGGUGCCCAAUUACAAAUUAAUGAAACAUCUAAUACCAACAAAAGUCCCAAAAAGUAGUUGUUCUAACCUGGAAUCUUCUUGUGAUAUGGACCUGUUGCAUUAAAAAAAGGUUAUUUAGCCACUUUGGAGUAGUGUAUUCAUGCUAUAUUGUUCUGUUACUGUUUCCUGUUUUAGUCAAAGAAAUGAAACUCACCCUUUGUGUAGCUAAAAGGCAGCGUGCUCCACCUUUAAAUCAAAACUUUAGCCAUUAACCAGUAAUCAUUAGGGAGAUUUCCUUUAGUGUUAUUUAUACACUUGUAAUUCCUCUCCACCAGAAUCAUCAUUUCAUGUUUUCACUUAAUACUGCCAAAGCUUUUCAUCUACCACUAGUGAUUGGAGAGAUGGUGUAAUCUCCUACCCCCGUCCCCCUCGCAAGAGCUAAAUGAGUUACCUUCUGUGUAAGUUGAUCAGAGUUUCCGCCUAACUCUUGGAUUGUAAAAGAAUGAACUGCUGAUGGGUUUGGUUGAAUGUUCGUGGAUUUUGGUGUGGUGUACUUGAAGGCAACUUAGCUACAAUGCUUAAUAAAACUAUAUUCUUUUAGUA